CAACCUUCCUGACAAGAAGCGCAGCAUUUUCUUCAUCCAGCUCACAAACCCAAGCUCACAAAUUUAGACACAGUUUUCUCCGGUCGUUGGUCUCUUCAUGUAGCAUAAAUGCCGAAACUUUCGUCCACAGCUCCGGGUUUCGUUGCCUUCUGCGUCUGCGUUCAUUGCUAGGCGAUGGAUGGGCAGCAGAUCCAGGUGAGCGACGAAGAGCCUAAAGUCCUGAGAGAAGACACCCGGAGGAGGAGGAGAAAGAAAGCCAUCACGUCGUCCUCUGGCACGUCCAUGGAUCAGAUAACUGUGGAGUUCGUGCUGCCCACUGUGGCACGGGGCGGAAGCGGCCCUGACAGUCUGCUGCUGGAGGUCGCUGGAAACUGGACCGUAGAACAGGUGAAAGCUCAGGUGUGGCUGAAGGCGGUGACUUCAAACCUCUGCCCUGAGUUCUACCAGCGGUUUUCCCCUGACCACUGCAUCCUGCUCUACCAGAAGAAAGGCAACGUGUGUGAGAUCUACGACAAGCACCAGGUCUUCCAGACGCUCGACUGCAUUCGCUACUGGAGAGCCCUGAAGAAGGACGUGGGGCGGAUCCAGCUGGUGCCCCGCCCCCAGCCCUCGGACGAGUCCCUGCAGUAUCAGCGCUACCUGAACUACCUGAUUGGCUAUGAUGUGACGGAUGUCAGCAAUGUGCACGACGAUGAGCUGGAGUUCACCCGCAGGAAGCUGCUGACGCCGCGACGCAUCGAGCUGUCUGACCGUGACCCUAAACUCUACUCCAUGGACCCAUGGGUGACCCGCAAGCUGCUGCCUGAGCACCUGCUGAGCAAGGUCAGUAACAGUCACAUCCUGGUGGUGAUCCACAUCACCACGGCCAGCCAGACCAUCAAGGUCUCCAUCGACGACACACCGGCACAGGUGCUGGCAAGUUUUUUCGCCAAGACAGCAAAUAAAAGACUGUUGCUGGGCAUCCCUGAAAACAUGUGUGAGGCGGACUAUGUGCUGCGUGUGUGUGGCAGGGAGGAGUACCUGUACGGGGAUAAACCACUGCAGAACUUCAACUGGAUCCGUCAGUGUCUGAAAAAUGGCGAAGAGAUCCACCUGGUUCUGGAGAUGCCGCCUGAUCCCGAUCAGGAUCUGGUCCAGAGGGAGGACUGGGCCCAAGUGGAUGACUGCACCGGAGUAGCAGGUACCCAUGAGCAGUUGACCAUCGACGAGAAAGACCAUGAACGAGUGUUCACCAUCUCCAUGUGGGACUGUAACAGGAAGUUCAGAGUGAAGGUGCUGGGUAUCGACAUCCCAUCCCUGCCCAAAAUCCCAGAGUUCAUUGUCUUCAUAGAGGCCAGCAUCUUCCACGGCCAGCAGCUUUUAGCCCAGGAGAGGACGACCUCCAAAACCUUCAACGAGGAAGUGCUGUGGAACUGCUGGUUGGAGUUCAACAUUAAGAUCAAGGACCUGCCGAAGGGGGCGCGCCUCAACCUCCAGGUGGUUUGUGGGAAGCAACCUCUGACACCAAACUCCAAGGGAAGCUCCUACCAGGACAAUACGGGAGGAGGGGGCAGCCAUGAUGGAAAGACCAAGAGUCGUCUCCUGUACUACGUCAACCUGCUGCUGAUCGACCACCGCUCUCUGCUCCGCCAGGGCGAGUUCAUCCUCCACAUGUGGAAAAUGCCAGAGAAGAGUGAGGAAAGCAGCAGCAGCAUCAACGCAGACAAGCUCACCUCGGCAACCAACCCAGACAAGGCCUCCUCCAUGGCCAUUGCCAUUUUACUGGACAAGUACUGUUACCCCGUGGUGCUGCCCAAGAGCCGGGACGUGAGCCGGGACGCGGUGGCUGGGGGUGAGGAAGCCGAGGCAGGGGAGCGGGGUCAGAGAGAGAUGCCAAACCAUCUGAAGAAACAGUUUGGGGCUAUCGUGGCGACCGACCCCCUGCAUCCACUCAGUCCUGAGGACAAAGAGCUGCUCUGGCACUUCAGACAAGAGUGUAUGCGCGACCCCAGGGCUUACCCAAAGCUGCUGGGCUCAGUCAGGUGGGGGAAACAGGAAGAUGUUUUGGCAACACAUCGUCUGUUGGAGCGCAGCAGUGCCUGGGACAGCAGUGGUCUGGAUGUCGGUCUGGCCAUGCAGCUGCUGGACUGUCACUACUCUGAUGCUCAGGUUCGCUCCAUGGCUGUCAGGAAGCUGGAGACUCUGGAGGAUGAUGAUGUGCUCAGGUAUCUCCUGCAGCUUGUACAGGCGGUCAAGUUUGAGCCCUACCAUGACAGUGCCCUUGUGAGGUUCCUGCUGAAGAGAGCUCUGAGGAGUAAGCGUAUUGGUCAUUUUCUCUUCUGGUUCCUGCGCAGUGAGAUCGCCCAGUCCAUGCACUACCAGCAGAGGUAUGCUGUGCUGCUGGAGGCCUACCUGAGAGGCUGUGGUGAGGCCAUGCUGCAGGACUACAGGAAACAGGUGGAGAUGACUGAGGCUCUGCAGAAAGUCACUCGUGAGGUGAAGGCCAUGUCGGCUGACAAAUAUGACGUCACUGCACAAGUGGUAUUUCAGUUGCGUCAGAAGCUGGAGACUCUGCAGUUGUCAGGUCUGCCAGAGAGUUUCAGAGUCCCUUAUGAUCCCGGGCUGCGAGCUGGAGCCCUGUUGAUCGAGCAGUGUAAAGUGAUGGCGUCUAAGAAGAAGCCAUUGUGGCUGCAGUUUAAAAGGGCCGACCCCACCACUCUGUCCAAAGACCCCAUCGGCAUCAUCUUCAAAGAUGGCGACGACCUCAGGCAGGAUAUGCUCAUCCUCCAGAUCCUGCUCAUCAUGGAGUCAAUCUGGGAGACUGAGUCCCUGGAUCUCUGUCUGUUACCGUACGGCUGCAUCUCCACUGGAAACAGAAUAGGUAUGAUUGAGAUUGUGAAGGAUGCCACCACCAUCGCUAACAUCCAGCAGAGCGUUGUUGGAAGCACUGGCGCUUUUAAAGAUGAAAUCCUGUAUCAGUGGCUGCGGGACAAGUGUGUCAGCGAGGACAAGUUCCAGCAGGCUGUGGAGAGGUUCCUGUAUUCCUGUGGUGGCUACUGUGUGGCUACAUACGUCCUGGGAAUUGGGGAUCGCCAUAACGACAACAUCAUGAUCACUGAAUCUGGGAAUCUCUUCCACAUCGACUUCGGUCACAUCCUGGGGAAUUACAAGAGCUUCAUGGGAAUCAGUAAGGAGUGGGUUCCCUUCGUGCUCACACCAGACUUCCUGUACGUCAUGGGGACAUCAGGAAAGAAAAGCAGCCCUCACUUCCAGAAAUUCCAGGACGUGUGUGUGAAGGCUUACCUCGCCCUUCGGCACCACACCAACCUGCUCAUCAUCCUCUUCUCCAUGAUGCUGAUGACCGGAAUGCCCCAGCUGACUAGUAAGGAGGAUAUUGAGUACAUCCGCGAGGCGUUGACAGUCGGCCGCAGCGAGGACGACGCCCAACGCCACCUGCUGGACCAGAUCGAGAUCUGCAGGGAGAAAGGCUGGAUGGUUCAGAUCAACUGGUUUGUUCACCUGGUGCUGGGGAUCAAGCAGGGUGUGGAGAAACGGUCCACUUAGGACAAGUUAGGAAAGAUGCAGAUUUUUUUGUUCCUCUUCCCAUUUUGUAAUUUAGACUGUGAGUCAUCUCAGAUAUGAAGAAUAAUAAGAACAGAUGAAUUAUUAAGACAUGGGAUGUUACAUGAGUGUAAAUCCUGUGGAGCAACAAAAUCAUCAAAACCAAUAAUUUAAAAAGAGACUGGAACUUUUAAACAAAACUACGUCAGGUAUGCAAAGUGAAUAAAGAUAAUGAAGAUUUUAACCUGUGACACUGCACACAUGCUGAAGUUAAUUAACUUAAUUAUAUUUAAUGAUGAAGAUAACCUUCAAAGUUUUUUUUUUCUUUUACCUCAAUCACCAUCAGUAUGGCAAUCAAAAGUCUUUUCCUGCUGUCAGAGUUACCUCUACUCUUGUUUCCAAAAUCUUACAAAAUCUCCACAAUGAGUGUGAAGUUUGAAGUACAGGUUGAGUGAUUUGAAGACUGUUCUAUGUGACAGCAGAAACUGAGCAUAGACAACAGUUAAAGGUCCCAUAUGUUGCAUAUUUCCAAUGUUUUAUUUGAAGUGUUGAUCCAUAAGAAGAUACUGUAUAAAUGG